UAUUCUAAUUAUAUGACCAGCACCUGUAUACAAACUCUGAGGUGUCUUCUUUCUGAUCCUUGGAAGACCUUAUAAUGAAACAAGGUCACAUAAAUGCAAAAGUGCAAAUCUGAAGACUAACCUAGUGUGUUAUGCAGCCCUCUUGCUUAUUUGAUAACCUUUGUCAAAUUAUUCAUCCAGUAUACUCAAUGACAACUAAACGGGGCUCACAGUUACAUCAGCCCAAACAAAGUAUGAAAUGAGUUUAUAACCUUGAUAUGUCCACUUGACCUUAACUUAACAGCUUCACCUAUAAAUAAGGAAUAAGGUAUUCACACAAUGCUAUUCAAUGUCCUGUUUGUCUCGUAGCCUUGACACACCUGUAACCUGACACAGCAAAAACAGCCUAACAAUUUAACCCAGUUAGGCAAUAACAGCUUCACUUAACAAAGCCAAUGUAUGAAGGGAGGUCCAACUAUUAUUUACAGAUACAUACUACACGCUUAAAUAAUUUUUUAAUUAUCUUUAUAAAUCCACUUCAAUCAAGAAAUCAUCUGUAUUGGAUAUUUUCAGCUAAUAUAUUUCUGGAAGCACAAUUCAUUGCACUAGAGCCCAAAGAUUUUUUUAUGCAAUCUACACCAGGCCUGCAACCCCUCAAGAACAGCAAUAGCUAAGAGGCUGAUCUUGGCAUACAGCGUAUCACGUGUAUUCAGAAUGCACUCUAAACAGUCGGGUGUGGGGUGACAGUUAAAGGCCUCUCUUUGCAGAGAGCUAAACAGGUCCCAGUGCAAGCAAGUGUCAAGUGUGUCACCAGACACUGGGAUAAACAAAACAACCUUUUCUGUUUGAAAAUCUGACACACAGUUAAGGAAGGGACAAGGAAAAGUAAAACAUUUUGAAGUGGAUCCAUCAUGGCAGCCGCCCGUGUGUCCAUGCCGGGUGCCACAGACACCAACCUGGAAUUUGCUGACUACAGUCUCUAUAGCAACCUGUCUGAUGAUGAGCUCAUGCAGCUGGCAAUUGAGCGAAGCAUUGCUGAUGCCCAGAACUCUGGAUCAGGCACCGAAAACUCAAAGACCCCCGUUGCUCUAAACAGGCCAGCAGGCCCACGCCGAGCUCCACCAUCAAAUAGUCUCCAGCAGCAGCCAGAACCAGCAGCGUGUCCCGCCAAUCCAACCAGAGAAACAAUGAAUCCACAGUAUUUGAGUUCAAUAAGUCACUUUAUGACUGGUUAUGGCAAGCGAAUGGUGGUGUACCGAAAACACGAUGGAAGUAUUAUGCAAGUCGUCCCUGAGCCUGAAGAGGAGAUUGAGCCUAUUGUUAAGGCCAUUUCAGAAGGAGAUGUGGGAUCAGUGAGACUGAUGGUUAAGCAACCUGGGUGCAACCUUCUUAAACCAAAUAAAGAUGGAUGGAUUCCUUUGCACGAGGCGGCAUAUUAUGGACAAGAUCAAUGUAUUAAAAUUAUCCUGAGAGCUCAACCUGGGAUGAUCAACCAGCGCACUUUGAAAGAGCAGACUGCUUUAAUGAUAGCUGUGACCAGGGAGCAUCUUGCAUGUGUGGAGUGUCUUCUGGAGAAAGGAGCUGAUUCUGAUAUUACCAAUAAGGAGAGAGAGACUCCCCUUUACAAAGCUUGUGAGAAGGAGAACCCAGCGAUGGUUGCCAUGUUACUGAAUUACGGCGCCUCUGUGAAUAAGAGCUGUAUUCAAGGCUGGACCGCUCUCCAUGAGAGUGUGUGCAGGAACAAUGUGGAAAUCUGUGAGAUGCUGAUGAAAGCUGGAGCCAAAGUUAGCAUGCCCAACAUGUACGGAAUCACUCCUAUCUUUGUGGCUGCCCAAAGUGGAAAAGUGGAUGCACUUCGCAUGCUUUUAAAAAAUGGUGCAGAUCUCAACAGCCAGGCUGCAGAUGGAGCCACGGCGCUGUAUGAGGCCUGCAAAAAUGGUCAUGAGAAGACUGUAGAGUUUCUUCUCUCUCAGAAUGCAGACGCCAACAAGCCAGGCAAAACAGGACUGCUGCCAAUCCAUAUUGCUGCCCAGCGUGGCAAUGAUAGCACAGACUUCUUCAAUUUCGGGUGUACCCACAAAAAUGUCAGGGCAACUAAUAUCAUAUCCAUGCUGAUCCCAGCCACAAGCAAGGCCAGAGUGAGACGUACAGGUAUCAGCCCCCUACAUUUAGCAGCGGAGCGCAAUAGAAACGAUAUUCUUGAAGUACUAAUCGAGGCCGGCUUUGACGUCAAUGCCAUGUUGUCUGAGGAUCGUUCUAUGAUGUAUGAAGAUCGGCGUAGCACAGCUCUAUACUUUGCCGUCAUGAACAACAAUACUGAUGCUAGCACCAUGCUCCUGAAGGCUGGUGCUAAUCCAAACCUGGACACGUUCAACCCGCUCCUGGUGGCCCUGAGGCAGGGUUGCAUCCAGACAGCGACUUUGCUGGUGGAACAUGGUGCUGAUGUCAAUGCCUACAUCCCAACUCAUCCAACUACCUUUCCAGCAAGUGUUAUGUUCUGCAUGAAGUAUCUGACCUUACUGAAGUAUCUAAUGGAUAAUGGCUGUGAUGCCUUGUCAUGUUUCAAUUGCGUUUAUGGCAGCAAUCCUCAUCCACCUAUAAAGACUAGGUGUAAUCCGAGAUAUGAUCCAGAUGAAGUUGUAGAAAAGGCCUGUGUUCAGUUCUGUGAGGUGAUCUCCACUGAAAACUACUCCCGCUGGGCAGGACCGAUUAUAGACGUGCUGCUUGACUAUGUUGGGCAUGUGAAACUCUGUGCACGACUCAAUGAACAUCUGGACAGUUACCACGAGUGGCAGUGCAUCAAAGAGAAAGCGAUACCUCCACGCCCACUCAUGCAGCUCUGCAGACAGAAAAUCCGCAAAGUGCUCGGGAUCAAGAGGCUGAAGAAAAUUCACAGGCUUCCAGUUCCUCCAAGGCUGAUCAAAUUCCUAAAGCAUCAAGAACGAGAGCAAAACUUUUAAGCCUGUUUUUGAAUGUUGACUUUUAGUAAACAGAGAGAAAAAUGCAAUUAGAAAAUCAUAUUCAUCUGUUUGCAGAACUUGUACUGAGCUAAAAUUAUGGAACAAAUGGCUUUUGUUCUGAGUCAGCAUUUGCACAUAUGUACUGCUUAAAAGGUUAAUAAAAUGCCAAAAAUGUUUAUAUUUAAUUAUCAGGCAUAAACAGAAUUUAGGGGACAUGAAUUGGAUAGAUUUAGUAGGUACAUACUUUGUCUGUAUAUGUAUACUUAUUUAAAAAAUAAAUAAAUAAAAGCCAAAAAUGACACAAGGUGACAGAAAACUAACUGUUAUUUUUUGCAAUGUAGAAGAAAUAUAUUAAAAGUAUUAAGAUUAAUAUACUUGAUGCUUGUGUGUAUAGUUUUGAAUUUUUACUUUUACUUAUUUUCUUAGUCAGGUGUCAAUUUUCUUCUAGUAUUUUGAUGGUUUGUUUAAUUGUAACACAAACCAAUACUCAGAGAUUACAAACUAUAAAUUCUGUUCUAUAUCAUUUUUAAUUGGAAUGAAUUUCCCUGAUUCAGUCAGUGCUUUAUAUGUUACUGUGACAAUGCUUAUGUUUGAACAAUGUCCAACAAAUUACUUAUCAGUAUCAAUCUACCAAUAAAGUGUUAACUUAA